AUGCUGCUUAGCCGGAUAUGCACUUUGUCCACGUGGACACGGCCCUGCAUGUCGUCUCUUGCAAACUAUUCCCAUCUCCGGGGUUUGUUGAAAAGUACCUCAACCCGCCGGCUUUUGAUGUGUGGAAUACCCGUUGGUAAUGCAGUGGAUACUUUCCAGAGGAGGCAACAAGUUCCACGUGCAUAUGCCAGCACUCUGCUGCACUUGAGGACAUACACAACCAAGAAGGGGGGUCCCGCAAAGAAGAGGGAAAGUCUCUAUACGAGGCUCAAGUAUUUCUUGUUGAGACAGAACCGACCUUUCAAUAUCGACGAGGUGUCAGCCUUUUUCUCCUGGAUAUUGAUGGGGAAUGUUUUGUGGAUUCUGGUGGGAACUACAACCUUUGCCGGGGUUUUGAUCUAUGUGGUGAAUUGGAUAGGAGAUGGUGAGAUUGAACGAAUGGUUCUGAGAAAGCUCAUUACGUUUGAUAACAAUCUAAAAGUUGAUUUGUCUGACAAGAACUUCAGAGUUCUCUGGCAAGACGGGAAAAUCAAAAUCAGAAAUUUGAAGGUAUCCAAUGAGAAGCAAGGAAUUCCAAAACAUCAUUCGGAAUAUCGACUUGAAAUCAGUGAAGUCAAUUUGACUUUGUCUCUACGACAAUGGUUAGAUGGUACUGGUUUGAUCGACGGUAUUGAGAUUGACGGAUUACAUGGGAAUAUCGAUAUAGUGGAGGGGGACCAGCUGAUACUCGACAAUUCUUUUCAUGAUAACUAUGAAUUGAGUUAUUUGAAAAUUAAGCAUUCACAAAUCCGUUUUAAUAGUGAAUACUUUAACAAACCUUUAGAAUUGGUAAUUUUCAAUUGCGACUUGAAGAAAUUUAGAAGAAAAUGGAUGGUUUAUGACUUUCUUAAUGCCAAUUCUGUAUUUGGUUCACUUGGAGGUUCGUUAUUUACCUUGCACAAGAGACAACAUCGAUUUGCACAUUUCCAAGGAAUGGAUACACACCAACAUUCGGAUGAUUCAAAUAAUGUAGAAAUAUACAAGAAUCAAACAGUUUUAAAAAAUAAUGACUAUAACUUUAAUAAUAAUGACAAUGAUGACAAUAAUGACAACGGAAACACCAGUGAAGAUUUAUGGAAGAAAAUGACUCGAAUUAGGAUCGACAUGCUUGACCUAUCAUACUUGAAUAAUGACAAUUCCAAAUUGAAUUGGAUCAAUUCUGGUAAAGCUGAGCUGAUUUUCGAUAUAAUGUUACCCAAUGAAGAUGACGAUGAUGAAAUUGACAAAUUGAAGGACGAUUUAAAUUUUGAGUUUUCCGUUGAUGGAUUCAAGAAAACCUGUGAGACAGUCUGGAGAAAACUUAAUGAUGAUGAUACCAAUGAACCUAAACCCUCAAUUGAGAAAAACAAGUAUGUAGUUAUUGAUCUCAAAAUCAACUAUUUCGAUUUAUCUGCUAGGUUCCCACAGACAAUCCCCUGCUCAAGUGUGACGGGAAAACCUUACAUCUCGUCGCAACAAUUACAGUCGUUGGUUACAUUUAUUAACGAUGAAAAAUUCGGACUUUCAUCAAAGAAUAUGAGUAGAAUCAACAAUAUCGAUAAUGAGGAUGAUCAAGAUGAAGACAAUCUUACCACCAUUACACUAAAUAAUACCCCAGACUCUACCGAAAGAGAUGAAGAUUUCGAAGAUACAGAUUUUGAGGAUCAAGAUCAUAUUCGGCAUGUUUUGCCUCCAAUUAAGUUUCGUCUAAUUCAAAACUUAAAUGACUUUGAAUAUGUGGACCUUCCUUCAUUGCUCACAUUUACCAGUAGAGGUAAACCCGAAGAAGGUAGUGAUGAAAAAAUUGUAAAAAGCUUCAUCAACACAAACAAGUUUAUUGACAACAGUAUGAAUGAGGUGUUUUCACUCUUGCUACUUUACGAGGAGGAAAUCCAGACAAAGUUGAUCAAUAUGUAUUCAAGAAGAAGUGGAUUUGAAAUCCUAUUCAACAACUUCAUCCUUGGUAACCUUAUACUUGUUGGCUUGGGGAGCUUUGUCAUCUGA